AUGGCGCUGGCGCGGGUGCUGCGCUCCCUCAGCCGCCCGCUGCCCGGGGGCCGGCUCCCUGCCCACCGCCGCCGCUGCGGAGGCGGCCCCGCUCAGCUCCCCCCCGGCGGCUACGGGGCAUGGCAGGAGCGGGCUGCCCGCGACCCCGGCGCUUUCUGGGCCGAGGCGGCUCGGGGCUCGCUGCGCUGGGACAGCCCCUUCCACACCGCCUGCGAGGCCGGCCCGGACGGAGCCGGAGCCCGCUGGUUCCUCGGCGGCCGCCUCAACGUCUCCGUAAAUUGCUUGGAUCAACAUGUCGAAAAGUCUCCGGACAGAGUGGCUUUGAUCUGGGAGAGAGAUGAGCCUGGAACUGCAGUGCAUGUCACGUACAGGGAACUUCUGGAUCUGACUUGCCGUCUUGCCAACACCCUGAAGAAAUAUGGGAUACGGAAAGGGGACAAGGUUGCCAUCUAUAUGUCCGUGUCUCCCAUAUCCGUGGCAGCCAUGCUGGCUUGCGCCAGGAUUGGUGCCGUUCACACCGUGGUCUUCGCUGGAUUCAGCGCGGAGUCCUUAGCUGGGAGGAUCAUGGACUCUGGAUGCAAAGCAGUUAUCACCUACAACCAGGGAGUCCGGGGAGGCCGAAUCAUAGAGCUGAAGACGACGGUGGACGAAGCUGUAAAGAACUGUCCAAGCGUCAAACAUGUAUUUGUAGCUCAGAGGACAGAUAACAAAGUCCAGAUGGGUGACCGUGAUGUUCCCCUUGAAGAAGAGAUAGCCAAGGCAGCUUCUGUAUGCACUCCAGAGAGCAUGGACAGUGAAGACAUGCUUUUCAUGCUGUAUACCUCGGGCAGCACAGGAAAACCCAAAGGAAUUGUUCACACCCAGGCUGGAUAUCUGCUGUAUUCUGCUCUCACGCACAAGUAUGUGUUUGACUACCAACAAGGCGACGUCUUUGGCUGCGUGGCUGACAUUGGCUGGAUCACAGGACAUAGCUAUGUUGUCUACGGACCACUCUGCAAUGGAGGCACCACCGUGCUGUUCGAAAGCACUCCAGUGUACCCUGACCCAGGUCGUUACUGGGAAGUGGUACAAAGGUUGAAAAUUAAUCAGUUUUAUGGAGCACCUACAGCUAUACGCUUGCUGCUGAAUUAUGGAGACAAGUGGGUGAAGAAAUACGACAGAUCAUCCCUGAAGACCCUGGGAUCAGUGGGAGAGCCCAUCAACAAUGAAGCGUGGCAGUGGUUCUACCAUGUGGUGGGAGAAGGGCGCUGCACCCUCGUGGACACAUGGUGGCAGACAGAAACCGGUGGCAUCUGCAUUGCCCCACGGCCUUCAGAGGAGAAAGCUGAGAUUGUUCCAGCUAUGGCCAUGAGACCCUUCUUUGGGAUUUUUCCUGUUCUGAUGGAUGAGAAUGGAAAGGUUGUAAAAGGCAAUGAUGUGUCUGGUGCGCUCUGCAUUGCCCAGCCAUGGCCUGGCAUGGCAAGAACAAUCUACGGAGAUCACCAGCGAUUUGUUGAUACCUAUUUCAAAGCAUAUCCAGGUUACUAUUUCACCGGGGAUGGUGCUUACAGGACCAAGGAAGGCUAUUACCAGAUAACAGGGCGCAUGGAUGAUGUCAUUAACAUCAGUGGACACAGGCUCGGGACGGCAGAAAUAGAAGAUGCAAUGGCUGAUCAUCCUGAGGUUCCUGAGACGGCUGUGAUUGGGUAUCCACACGAAAUCAAAGGAGAAGGUGCCUUUGCUUUCAUAGUGCUAAGGGAGCAGGCAGCUGAUAUAGACCAUGUCAAAGAAGAGCUCAAAACCAUAGUAGCUACCAAGAUAGCAAAGUAUGCUGUGCCUGACCACAUUCUGGUGGUGAAACGUCUUCCUAAAACCCGAUCUGGGAAGAUCAUGAGAAGACUGCUGAGGAAAGUAGUCAAUGAGCAGUCAAGUAACAUGGGAGACAUCACCACACUUGAUGAUCCAAGCGUUGUCACAGAGAUACUGGAUGCUUACCAGAAAUACAAAAAAGAGAAGAGUUCUUCAUAGCAGGCAGCUUUGGAAUCUCUCCCCUCUGGAAAUGUGAAGGGUCUCGAAUAACCAGGCAAACAACUUGGUUCUCUCUUGGUGUAUUCUGCAAAGCUCAUUUCUGUUGUAGAGGAACAAUAUUUUCCUCUCCACAAAGUGUUUUGAGAUGCCCAGAGCUAGGAGUGUUCUGCAGUCUUGCACCAUCAGGGAACUUCCUUUUAUUGCUUUUAGGGCUGAUGUAGAGCAGCCAUUGGUGGUUUCCAUUAGCUAUGAUGAAAAUAAUACUAGCUGAAGCAAGAUGAAGUUGUUAAUGUUUCUCAAUUUAAUGCCACUGUACAGGGAAUUGUUUUAUAUGAUACUUUUGCUUUUUUAAGAGCAGCCCUGGAAUACACUUCUCCUAUUUUUCCUUCAGCUUGGAUAUCCAAGUUCAAGUAGUUGUAUUUAACUGCAACUGUGGUGCCUUUUCAGCAAUGCUGGGUAUUUUAGUAGAUAUUUCACAUGUGUUAUUAGAGGAAUGAGAAGGACAUGGCCAAUCUGAUAACUCUCUCAUGUUCUGAUACCUCCUUUGGCUUUCCUCAUAAUGACUUGUUCAUUCCACUACAUUUCCAGGGCUUGCCUGAGAUGGUGAGCAUGUGGCCCUUCAUGUCACACCCAGGCAGCCCAGCAGUAGCACUUCUAGCUACAGAACUGAGCCACAAAGCCUAUCCCUGGGCUUCCUGAUAGUCCUCAGUGUACUGCCAGUUGUGCAGGAGGGGUCUGAUCCCAAGUGUUUUUACUCCACCCUGAGAGACUGAGAUCACCAACUGGGAUUUUAAAGAAACUGUCCUUUUCCCCACUGAUGAUGAUGAUUUGUGUAGCUGCCUUUGUUUUUUGAAGUCACUCUGAAAAGGGGACCAUGUUUACAUUUCUGUCUGCUAGAGGAGCAUUGGGAAAUAAGAUUCUGAAGUGUUUGAGAGAGGUUUGAAGCUGAGAGAGAUACGCUGGAAGGUUCAUGGUGACUUGCUGUGGUUUCUGGCCAAGAAAUGGUUAUUUUAGCCCACUCCCAAAAGGCCUGUAACCUGGUUUUCCUCCAACAAAGACAGGAACCCAGUAGGUUGAUUCUCCUGUCAGAAUUUGUCUUAUCUCUGAUUGUUUCAAGUUGUGCUCUGUCAUGUAUGCCCCUUCCACAUGCUGCUGUGCUGAUCUUCCGGAGCGUUAACCGCCAGGUUGGUACAUACAGACAAUCCACCAAGUAUGAGGAGAAGGAAGUGCCUCUUAGAUGCUUUCUGGAAAGAGACGGUGGUAUACCAGACCAGCAACCUCAGAAUAACAGGGAACAAUAGCGUUUGUCUUUCAGAUGCUUUCAAAAAUGCAACUAAUACAUUCAGUGGUUUAUUUCUGAGAUCUUUGGUGUUCUAUUAUGAACCACCGUUCCAGCACACGGGUUCCUCUGUCAAGACUUGCAGUCCUGCCUUUCUCAUAUGACAGUCUGCUUAGUUUCUGUGUGUUUUGACCUGCCAGCCCUCUGAGCAAUUGGUAGGAUAGUCAAUUUUUGGCACAGUUCUGCAGGAGUGACUUAGUACUGAAUUUUACUGGAGCAGCAUUACCUUUUCAGGUGGGAUUGUGUACAGUCUGUGCACCUAACUGGAGGCAGGAAAAGGAAAUGGCAAGGUGGUCCUGUAGGACAGGGAGAGGAGCGGUGAGCAUUUUGGCCAGCAGAGAUUCUGGUGCCAAAUGGGGAAGCAAACUGCUUGCAGUAGGAUAUUUUCUCAGACAGAUGUCUUAGAUCCCAGAGUUCCUCUUGAGUACACUAGCUGCAUUUGCUCCUUUUUUCUUUUUCCUUUUUUUUUUUUUUUUUUAAAAAUCUAUUUUAAAUGUCUCUAGGGACUGGGUAAUGCAGAGUAGGGAAGACUGUGCUUUGUUAAAAUCCCCAUCUUUCUAACGGCAAUCCAUUUUUGCUCAAGGUAAGUAGAUACCCUGUGGACUUUGUGGGAAGAUGAGGAUCAGAAUGUUUGCUAAAGUUGACAGGAUGUUAAUGUUUUAGGGGACAGCCACUACAUAGAUCCUCUACUGCCAUUGCAAAAGAAAACACCCUCUUCCUUAAGUGAUUUUUCAAGUGGGAAGCAGACAGUAGUUAAUGCUUUUGAUAGAAAAAGUAGACUCCCUUGUUUAAACAAGCUGUCUCCACACAGUCUGAAAUACAGCGUGAAGAGAGAUUUGAACAAGAUUGCAAGCUUUAUUUUUAGUCAAGAAAGCAUUUUCUGUGUUAUGGAUAUAGAAUUUCCUUGUCCUGGUACCUGAAAUUUCCAUGCUAAGGCAUGACUGAGUGGUCACAGACGUGGUCUAAUUCAUCUGAAUUGUCUCACAAAGACUAGCUAUGUGAGGAAUAAUGUGCUCCUGGGCACCUCUCCUGGUAAAACUGCUCUUUUGGGAGUAUACCUGCAUCAGCUCUUGGAGCUAACAGCCAGGGCUCAGUUCAUCUAAUAGCACCCCGAGGCUGGUAGGAGACAGAGCUAGGCAGGACUUGGAACUGGUAUUCCCUAGAAAAGGAAAACCAUUGUGCUGUACUGGGCAGGCUAUUCGUAGAAAGUUUUGGGGGUGGUUGAUUCAUUUUUGAAAAGCAGAACUGUGGGACUCCUUCAAGCCUUUGUGCAUCCAUGAUUAAUGCGGGGAUAAUUUGCCGGAUUGCAAUUGUAACUUUGUCAACAGUUUCAGAGUCAGUUUUACCUGUUGCGAUUUGAUGCAAAGGGCAAAUGAAAACUUUCAAAAAGAGAAAUAAUUCCUGCAAGGGAAACAGUGCAUCUCAACAGUGCGACUGUUGUGGCAGAGUCUAGUUGUGAUAUACCCUUGCCAUGUCUGUCCAUCGGUGCUUACUUUGUUCUCCCACUCAAACGUACCAGUGAAACACGACUGUGGUGCCUUUUCCCCCACUGGAGGCACAGACCAUGAUUUUCUUAACUUUAGGAAAGGAAAAACAAUCUUCCCAGAGAUGAUGUGUUGUACAGAUUAAUGUUAAGCAUUUCAUAUUUUUUUUUUAAUAAUCAUGCUUUAAACACAUUUAUUAUCCUUGACCAAAAUACAUUUCUUCAGUGAUCUCUGUAUUCAAAUUGUCAUUAAAAUUAUCUUUCUCUA